UUACCAUAGGUGCGCUGGGAUACACAUUAGGGGCUAUCUACACCAAACUUCUAUUAGCUCUUCUCCGAAAAUACAUUUGCACGCUUAUCUAAAAUACUUAAGUGACACUAAAAGGAAACUGAUGAUUUGAUCGCUGCCCAUUUGAUUUCAUGGGGAUGGGAAAGGCGCACUAUUGGCCACUUUGGAUGGAGUGAUCCCAUAAACUGUCACUGAACGUCGACAAGUUUUCUUCACGCGCACACACCUGAAGCUUCUUCAGAUCCUGAGCGCCCUCGCCCCCCGGUUGAUGCCGAGGAUCAUGACCAUGAACGGUGACCAUCCGUCGGUUGCCACCGCGCCGCUGGAUCUGCGCACCACUAACCGAGAGCGUGGGAGCGCCGGGUCGAGGACUCCGGACUGUAAAAGCUGCACCAGCAGGGACGCUCGGGUGACGGACGGCUCACCUGCACCCCCCACGUGCACAGGGACGGACAGUUUGGAAAUACACAGUCCCACGGUCAGGAGCGUCCCGGGCUCAGAGACCGGUGCUCCUCGCAAACGGCCAGCGGACAAAUCUUCCUCCAGGCUUCCUUUCAGGAAGCGCCCGUUUGUUGUCGAGCCGGAGACCCAGAGACAGUCACCGGCUCCAUCAGAGAGCGCAGACCGCUUUUCCCCUGCGGCAGAAACGGACUUCACAAUACGAGACGAUUUUGCUGGGCGUUUGGAGAGAGCCGCGGAUGAAGGCAGGUUGGGAGCAGCAGUGAUUCCCAGGCGGGUUGACGAGGCAGCACAGAGUCCACAUAGAUAUUCCAUCCCCUUUUUGCACCAGUUUGAUUAUGUUCCAUACCCAGUGUACUGUUUACCCCAUGUCCCAGAGCCGCACCACCCUGUGGCCCACCCAGCUGAAAACCUGCUGACUGCUAUCACUCUGGCUACACGUCAAGAUGAGGAUGGAGACACAGCCCUCCAUAUAGCAGUGGUGCAGGGGGAGUUGGCCAUCGUCCGCAAACUGAUCCAACUCCUGUUGUUGGCUCGCAGAAGCCUUGAUGUCUACAACAACCUCCGUCAGACUCCACUUCAUCUGGCAGUGAUCACCCAGCAGGCCAAUAUGGUGGAGGCUUUGUUGAGAGAAGGGGCCGACCCUGCUGCCUUGGACCGUAACGGCCAGACGGCGCUCCACCUCUGCUGCGAAUAUGAGCAGCGUGACUGUCUAUCUGUCUUGCUCUCUCGCUCCUCAUCCUCCACAUGCCUGGAGAUCAGAAACUAUGAGGGUUUGAGCCCUCUCCAUCUGGCAGUGCUGCGGGGCCAUAAAGAUUUGGCCAAAAUGCUGCUGGAUGCAGGCGCUGACAUCAACGCUAUGGACAUCAAAAGUGGCCAGAGUCCUCUAAUGCACGCGGUGGAAAGCAAUAACGCAGACAUGGUCCACUUCCUCAUUGAGAGUGGCUGUGAUGUCAACAGCCAGUCAUAUAGUCGGAACACAGCCCUUCACAGCGCCUGUGGCCGGGGUCAGGUGGACACGGUACGGCUGCUACUGAAGAGCGGAGCUGACAGCAGCCUCAAGAACUACCAUAAUGACACCCCUGUGAUGGUGGCCAAGAACAAGAAAAUAGCAGAUGUGUUACGAGGGAGAGGCUCCAACCAGAUAAGAGAUCAACAGUGUGUGUCUGUCUCACCACAUCGGAGCAGCAUAACAGAAAAUGGGUCCCCAUCCCCCAGCCACAGUCGUGGGUGUUCACCGUCGACUACGCCACACACCCCUCAUCGCAGCACCUCCCACUCUCCAAAGACUCCAUCCAUGCUUGUAUUUCCAUUUUACUAGCUCAAAGUUACUGUCCAGUGCAACUUGCAACUACCUCUGCACAGCCAGCCAACAAAGAGACUUCAGUGCCCAAAAGGGAUGAUAGGCCGGCAAAAGACUGCGGCUGAAAUACAAGCUGGUCUUCUUUCCCAGAAAAGACAGUCACAGCUGCAAUCCCUCGUCGGGUUUUGAUGCCUGGACAUAGUGUCUGCAACCUCUCUCCUCAUCCGGCCACUGCUGUGGGCACCCCAGUUGACGACUGGGACCAAACCUAGUGACUGACAAGCUGCUGCAGCACUCAACUGGAUUUCUCCAUAUGCAUAUAUGUAGUAGCAGAAAUGUGCCACUGCAUGCAAUGAAGGCUGAACACAAAGGAGUGCUUUAAAAACUGCCUGGAGAUUUCAGUUAAUGGUGGAGUUUUAGCUUUUUUUUUUACAGAGGACAGAAGAGUGAUGACAGGAAAUGAAGGGCAACAAAGAACAUAUUUAGACACCCUAUGUAAAAUAUAUCCAGUCUGCUUACUGGAAGGCUUCACAAUGUAACUUGACUUAAUAUUGCACAGUUUAAAUCCUUCUAUCUGUCAUUUUAAUAACCCACUGUAUGAGCCUGUGUGUGUGUGAUGCUAUAUUGUAAAAAUGUGUAGAUAUUUUUUAUAUAAAACGUGUCCAACAGA